CUUCAAAUCCAACGCCGGUAGCCCGUUUCCUCACAGUAAACUCGCCAAUUGCUCCCGAGCACCUACCGAGAUGCUCGCACGACAAGCACCGGCCUCACAGGCGCUCGGCAGCCUCACCCGAGCAACCGCCACCGUGCCACGAUUGCCCACAACAGCUGUCAAGUGCACUCAGGCAAGCUCCCAGCAAAAGAAAGGCUUCGCUUCGGUGGGCGAUGCGCCAAAGAGACAAUACGGCGGACUCAAAGAUCAGGAUCGCAUAUUCACGAACCUAUACAGCCACCAUGGUCCCGAUUUAAAGAGCGCUAUGAAAUACGGUGAUUGGUACAGGACAAGAGAUAUUCUAGAUAAAGGGCACGAUUGGAUCAUUAGCGAAAUCAAGGCUUCCGGUCUCCGUGGCCGAGGUGGCGCUGGUUUCCCUUCUGGUAUGAAAUGGUCAUUUAUGAACUUUAAGGACUGGGACAAAGACAACAAACCCCGCUACCUCGUCGUCAACGCCGAUGAAGGUGAACCUGGCACCUGCAAGGAUCGCGAGAUCAUGCGCAAGGAUCCACACAAGCUCAUUGAGGGCUGUCUUGUCGCUGGCCGUGCUAUGAACUGUACUGCAGCCUACAUUUACAUUCGUGGUGAAUUCUACAAUGAGGCUACCAUUUUGCAGCGUGCCAUCAACGAGGCUUAUGCGGCUGGUCUCAUCGGCAAGAAUGCAUGUAAUUCUGGCUACGACUUCGACGUUUUCUUGCACCGUGGAAUGGGCGCCUACGUUUGUGGUGAGGAAACCUCGCUCAUCGAAUCGCUUGAAGGCAAGCCUGGCAAGCCACGUCUGAAACCACCAUUCCCAGCUGCUGUUGGUCUUUUCGGCUGUCCUAGCACUGUUGCCAACGUCGAGACUGUUGCAGUUGCCCCAACAAUCUGCCGUCGAGGUGGCUCCUGGUUUGCUUCCUUUGGGCGCGAGCGUAACCAGGGCACAAAGCUAUUCUGCAUCUCCGGACACGUGAAUAAUCCUUGUACCGUUGAGGAGGAGAUGAGCAUCCCUCUGCGUGAGCUUAUUGAAAAGCACUGCGGCGGUGUCAUUGGCGGUUGGGACAAUCUCAAGGCAGUCAUCCCAGGCGGAUCUUCCACGCCUAUCCUUCCCGCUAGUGUUUGUGCAGAUCAGCUCAUGGACUUCGAUGCUUUGAAAGAUUCGCAAUCUGGUCUCGGAACAGCUGCUGUCAUUGUCAUGGAUAAGUCUACUGAUGUAGUUCGUGCCAUCUCCCGUCUGUCGAAAUUCUACCGCCAUGAGUCAUGUGGUCAAUGUACGCCUUGCCGUGAAGGAUCGAAGUGGACGCAGCAGAUCAUGGAGCGCUUCGAGAAGGGCCAGGGCCGCGCGCGCGAGAUUGACAUGCUGCAAGAGUUGACAAAGCAAGUCGAAGGCCACACCAUUUGCGCGCUAGGCGAGGCGUUUGCGUGGCCGCUGCAGGGUCUGAUCAGGCAUUUCAGGCCUGAGCUUGAGGCUAGAAUCGAAGAGUUCAAGAAAAUUAAUGGCGGUGAGGCGCUUGCUGGCGGUUGGGAACAUGAUGCUGCGAAGAAGGGGAAACUUGUCGCACCUGGACAAUAGAAUGUGCAUGAGCAGUAGAAUGUAUGAUGGUAAAUCUUGGUGAAUUUGUACCACAACGGGGCACGCGCACACAAUCUUGUAUAUAUCUUCUGCAUCAUCAAGCUAGUUCCUUUUGUCUCACCUAAAUGUCCAUACAUACCCUUCCGAAAUAAGCGAACAGUAUUUGCAGCUGCUUUUCGUAACAUCUGCCGCAGCAAAGUUUCACGAAAGAAUUAAGGAGUGAAU